GCUCGUGCUCGUGCUCGUGCUCGUGACCCCUCUUAUCUUAUAUUCGGCCGGCGAGAACCCCCAACAUCUGCGGCGACAUUUGAAAAGGCGCCAUCUGCAGCGCUCGCUUUCUGCAACUCAAACGUUCAAGUUCGUUUGUGAGACAUAUCCCAAGGAUGACAAGCCGCAUCCUGCGCUUGGCGUCCGUAGCGGCCGUCCUGGCGCUCGCUUCUCUGGGCGCGGCAUCGGCGGAUGCUGGCUGGAUCCCCGCGCGCAGCACCUGGUUCGACAUCGGCCCGGACCUGAGCACGGCCAACUGCCACUACUCGUGGACUCCUACCGGCCGCAACGUGGGCGCCUUCAGCGACCAGAUGGACGGCUUCAGCUCCAGCUGCGGGAAGUGCUAUGAGGUCAAGUGCCGCAACAGCCAGAUCACUGACGGCUACGGCCAGAGCAUGGACCGCAGCAACGCCUGCUUUGACGAGUCCAAGUCCGUCAUCAUCACCAUCGCCGACGCCUGCCCCUGCCGCUACCCCAACAACGAGUACUCCAACCAGCGCUGGUGCUGCGGCGACAUGAACCACGUGGACCUGUCACGCGAGGCCUUUGAGCAGAUUGCUGACCUGGGUCUGGGCGUCAUCGGCCUCUACAUGCGCGAGGUGGACUGCGGCGCCGCCGCCAGCACCGGCAGCGGCACGCCCACGCCCACCUCCCAGUACUCCUCCGGCAGCUCCCAGGGCGUGCCGCAGCAGUCCGCCGGCAGCAACGACCCCAGCUGGGGCGGCUGGGGCAGCUGGACUCCCAAGAAGGGCGGGCGCUGGGGCCGCCACCGGGUGUAAACUUCUGUCGCCAUGACACUGAGGCUGGGCGUGGAGGCCGGGUCAAAUCUUUGACCUAGUCAUGUGGACAUGCGCGGGGUGGUCGCAGCAUCAGAGUGGUGGAGCCCAUGCUUUAGCUGCGGGUUGCUACUCUUGCGCUUCUGUGCGCAUUCAUGCACCCGCGCACCUCAUGUCACAUGCAAGACAUGUACUAAUAGUAGCCACUGACGACCAGGGCUCCCUGUAUACAACAUAACGACGGCAGUAUAGGGCCUGGAUGAUGUGAGGUGUGUGCGAUUGGACAGGGGCAGGGGCAGGUUGGCAUAGUCCCGUGAUGCGAGGUGUGUGUGUGUGUGUGUGUGUGUGUGUGUGUGUGUGUGCGUGUGCGUGAGAGCGGUCCGUGCAGGAGGUACAGUGUGGACAGAAUAAGCAGGAUGUGUAGAUGGCAUGCCCCGUGUUGAUUCUCACCCUCGAGCAA